AUGAAUUGUAUUAUUUGCGGUAUUGCUACUAACCGUAGCAAUGCAAUUGGAAAUAUGUUGCUGGAAGAUCAAGCAGUUCUUUCCAUAAUUAGAGAAUGGAAUCCUGAUCUCCAAACGUUUGUGCAUAAAAAUCCAUUAUGUACAACAGUCUUGAUUAAUGGAUCAAAGUGGAAAAAGAUCCAUCAAUGGAUCUUAGUGGACAAAGACGUUUUGCCAGACUAUAUUACGGCUAUUGAAACAGAGUCCAGAUGUUUUAUUGAGGGAUGUCAAGGGCAAGACCGUAAUUGGGUGCUUCUGUCUACUAGAAAGCUAAUGCUUCAAAACUAUAAUUAUUAUAGUCCCCACAACAACCGUCUCUGAGAUUAUUAUAAACAAAAUGAUU